AAUGUCUUUAGAAGAAGCCCAAUGCCCAGCCCCACCUUCGCCUGUGAGUCUCUUCAGUGCCCCAGCACAGCCCUCCCCUCGGCCCAGGGCUACAACUUCUGCUACCUGAGAAAAAGAGGACUCCGAGGCCUUGCUCUCCUCCCUCCCCUGACCCCUGCGGGAAAGGUGCCCCUGCCCUCAGGCCCCCAUCUAUGCCACCCCAUCCUCCCAGUCCUUUCCUUGGCACAGGGACGUAGAACCAAGUGUCGCCAGUCACUGCCAGGUCCCCUCCGCUUCCCUCUGACUCUGACAGUCCCCAGCUGGCCUCCUGGCUCCCCUCUUCGCCCCCCAGCCCUCCUGGGAGCAGCCAGUGUUCUUUCUGAAGAGCCAAAGUGCCCACCGGUCUCUGCCGGAAGCCCACAGUAGUGCCCACAGGCUCGGGGGGCUCCUUGGCCGCCCAAGGCCUCCCCUCGUCUUCCCCACCCACACCAGCCACGGAGGUCUCCAGCCCAUCCUGCUGCCUCCCUGGAGGCUUCCCCACCCACCCCCUUUCUGGGGACCCAAUUCUUCUUCCUGGUCCCUUGGAUGGGGUCCCAAGGUCACAAGCUCCAAGGGCUCUCUGCCUGACCCGGACAUCUCUGCCACUAGGCCACUAGAGCUGUGGGCUUACUUGCUUCCCACUUGAGGACCCCUGAGGGCGGGGCCAGGAAGAACAGCUCCCUACGCCUCCUACGUAGAUACGUGCACGUCUUGGAGCCAGUAAGCAAGGGAGGGCUGGGCCGCAGGGAGCCGGGAGAGACCGUGCAGCAGUAGAGUCCCAGGCGGGCCAUCCCCAGGCCAUCACUCAGGCCCCGCACCUGUGGUGGGAAGAGCUGCCCGCAGCUCACGCCCCUGACCUUUGCCUGGCUACGGCCCCCAGCGACGCUACACUGAGGGACAGGAGGGCCCCAGCCUGUCUUGGGGAUCAAGGAGCCAUCGGAAAAGCGGGGACCCAGCAGAGAGGGAGCAGGGAAUGAGGUACCCGUGGGAAUGGCAGGGAUCGCCUCUGGGAAGGCUCCCCCAAGGGCCAAACAGGAAGCCAGAGAAUGUUCCCAGAGUGUCACCGGCACCCUAGGGCAUGUGAGCAGGGGUGAAAGCCCGGCCUGCCAUGCCCGCAGUGCCCUUGUGUGGCUGUCCCCAUCAGCGGGCUCUGGAGUACAGGGAUUCAGUCUGAGGACCAGGUCACCGCCACAUGCCCACUCAACGGUCCCCUCUGCCAGCCCUGAGGCGCAGGGGCUCAGCCUGGGGCCCGGGUCAUCACAUCCCAGCGUGGGUGUCCCCCUUGGCCCUGGGGUGCGAGGGAGCUCACUGUGGAGGAUGUGUCACACCGUGUAGGUGGAGUGGUGCCCUCUGCCAGCCCUGGGGGGGGGGCGGGGGGCCUCGUCCUGGGGGCCGGGCCCUCCAAGGCCGCCGUCGCCGCCCCCUCCCCGCUGCAUACCUUGCCCACAGCCGAGCAGCUGGGAGGCUAUUUAUAAAGGCGGGUGAGAUCAGCGGCCGAGGCUAUAAAUGCGCAGGCCGCGGCCGGGCCCCACAGGAGCAGCCGCCCGGGGCGUCGGAGCCGCGGGCAGCGCUGCCGGGAUGAGCACCAGCGCGCUGGGUGGCGGCGGGGACAGUGGCAGCAGCAGCAGCAGCUCGCAGGCCUCCUGUGGGCCCGAGUCCUCAGGCUCCGAACGGGCCCCCGCCGCGCCGGCGCCACGGAUACUACGGGGGCUACUAGGCUCCGACGACGAGGAGCAGGAGGAUGCCAAGGACUACUGCAAGGGUGGCUACUACCCCGUGAAGAUCGGGGACCUGUUCAAUGGGCGGUACCACGUGGUGCGCAAGCUGGGCUGGGGCCACUUCUCCACCGUCUGGCUCUGCUGGGACAUCCAGCGCAAGCGCUUCGUGGCCCUCAAAGUGGUGAAGAGCGCAGGGCAUUACACGGAGACAGCUGUGGAUGAGAUCAAGCUCCUGAAAUGUGUCCGAGACAGUGACCCCAGUGACCCCAAAAGAGAAACCAUUGUCCAGCUCAUCGACGACUUCAGGAUCUCAGGGGUUAAUGGAGUCCACGUGUGCAUGGUAUUGGAGGUCCUAGGCCACCAGCUCCUCAAGUGGAUCAUCAAGUCCAACUACCAGGGCCUGCCCGUGCCCUGCGUGAAGAGCAUCGUGAGGCAGGUGAGCAGCAGGCGUCUGGCCGAAGAGCGCUGCGAGGCGGCCUGGGCAGCGCCGGGGGAGCUCAGGAGUGGCUCUCCCCAGGUGCUGCGCGGCCUGGAUUACCUCCACACCAAGUGCAAGAUCAUCCAUACGGACAUCAAGCCUGAAAACAUCCUGCUGUGUGUGGGUGAUGCCUACAUCAGGCGCCUGGCUGCGGAGGCCACAGAGUGGCAGCGGUCAGGGGCCCCGCCCCCAUCCCGGUCCACAGUCAGCAGUGCCCCCCAGGAGGUGUUGACCGGUAAGCUGUCCAAAAACAAGAGGAAGAAGAUGAGGCGCAAACGGAACCAGCAGAAGCGGCUGCUGGAGGAGCGGCUUCGGGACCUGCAGAGGCUGGAGGCCAUGGAGGCAGCGGCCCAGGCCGAGGACUCUGGCUCAAGACUAGAGGGGGGCAGCGGCUCCACCUCCUCUUCUGGCUGCCACCCUGGGGGGGCCGCGGCCGGCCCCUCCCCGGCCUCCUCCUCCCCUGCCCCCGGGGGCAGCCGCAGCCUCAGCCCCAGCUCCCAGACCUCAGGCUUCUCGGGCUCCCUCUUCUCCCCCGCCUCGUGCUCCAUCCUCUCAGGCUCUUCCAACCAACGCGAGACCGGGGGCCUCCUGUCACCCAGCACACCAUUUGGUGCCUCCAACCUCCUGGUGAACCCCCUAGAGCCCCAAAAUGCAGACAAGAUCAAGAUCAAGAUCGCAGACCUGGGCAACGCCUGCUGGGUGCACAAGCACUUCACCGAGGACAUCCAGACGCGGCAGUACCGGGCCGUGGAGGUGCUGAUCGGCGCCGAGUACGGGCCCCCGGCCGACAUCUGGAGCACGGCGUGCAUGGUACAUCCGUUUGGGCUACCCCUGCCCAGAGCUGGCCCACCGGCCGCAGCCUCACCCUCUCCCCCUUCCAGGCCUUCGAGCUGGCCACUGGCGACUACCUGUUUGAGCCACACUCCGGAGAAGACUACAGUCGUGACGAGGGUAGGGGGAGGCAGGUCCUGGGCUCGGCCUCGGGGUCUCCCGGCCGCCCGGCUUCCUCCCAGCCCCCUGUCUAUCCACAGACCACAUCGCCCACAUCGUGGAGCUGCUGGGAGACAUCCCCCCGGCCUUUGCCCUCUCGGGCCGCUAUUCCCGGGAGUUCUUCAACCGGAGAGGUGGGGCCGAGCGGGCGCAGGCCACCUGGAUGCAAGGGGCGGGGCAGGGACCUUGGGUUCUGAAAUAGGGGGAGCAAGGGGUCCCAGAUCAGAGUCCUCCCUGGUGGAGCCUGACCUAAGGCCCACCGGCCUGCCCCCAGGAGAGCUGCGGCACAUCCACAGCCUCAAGCGCUGGGGCCUGUACGAGGUGCUCACGGAGAAGUACGAGUGGCCCCUGGAGCAGGCCACGCAGUUCAGCGCCUUCCUGCUGCCCAUGAUGGAGUACAUCCCCGAAAAGCGGGCCAGCGCGGCCGACUGCCUCCAGCACCCUUGGCUCAAUCCCUAGGCCCAGCUGGUGCUUUGGGCAGCGUGGGACGGUCCUGGCUGCCCCCGACCCCCAGCCCUCAGUGCCUUCAUGGAAAGCAGGACAG